AUGGAGCUAGCCAGAUAUGAAAUCUCAUAUCCUGAAGAAGAGAUGGUGAAUAAAUUGUUUGAUGCAUUGCCCAAUGAUCAAGAGUGGCAAUAUUUUGCUCUUAUGCUAAAAAAUACAAUCAAGCCAGAUGAUUUAAAAGUGGAUUUGCUGAUUGAAAGGCAUGAAAGCCAUGUGUUGGAGAUAAAAAGAUCCAAAGUCAACAGUCCAGCUUAUCAGCAGAAUGUGGAACUUUACUACAGAGGAAAUGCACCACAGGCUGGAUCUCCAAAAACAGCGUUUUCUGCAGAAAAGGUUCUACCAGAAAAAGAUGCAGUUGGAUAUGCAUUUGUUGCAAAUGAUGAUCAUGAUGCCUGGUGGCGAAGAGACAGUGCGAGAUGGGAGAUUAGAAAAUUGAAUGAACCAUUUCCAGAAGCACAAAGAGCCAAGAGAUGGAAUGAAGAUGAGGGAACUUUCAACACAAGAAGGGUUUCUGAUAAAGGUUAUCUGCCAAAUUUGAUGAACAAGUUAAUGGAGGUUUUUGAAGCAAGUCUACCGAAGGUAGUAGAGAUGAGAAAGGGAAAAGAAGAAGAAUUGAAGAAGUUGAUUGAAGAAGUGAAGGCUGAUGCGAAGACUGCUGCUGAAAAAGCACAGAAAUCUGAAGAGAAAGAAAAUGCUGAAGAGAAAGAAGGAAAAGAGGAGAAUGCAGUGGAAGAUCAGAAAGCUGAGAAAGAAGAUUUGGUGCUGAAAGAAAAUGAGGUGCCUAAUGGUACUGAAGAUUGUGAGAUUGUUAGUUGGAGCAGCCUGGCACAGGAAGAGGUUGAAGAACCCUGGUUUUGUGUCAAACAGGGAGUUUAUUUGUUGAUUUGUGUACUGUGUGUAUUGUUUGUUGUUAAGUUUGUUUGA